CUGAACUUCCUGUCAUCAAAUGGGUGUUCCAAGGCACUUCAGGUCUUGGCAUCCACACGAUGUCCAGCUCAGCAACUCGUUUAUGUUUUCUUAUUUUAAAAGAAAGAUAUGGAGAGGUUGUGGCCUCCGUUGCUUGCUGCCUUGCCAAGAAAAAUUACUGUCCAUUGAGAAUGCUCUCACAAGACUCUGGCCUUAAAUUAGACCAGGUCAAGAAAGCACUUUGUACACUUAUUCAGCACAAUCUAGUAACCUUCCAACAGAAUAAGAAGGGGUUUAUAGAGUAUGUCAUCCAUGCUGAAAAGGUCUUGCAGCAGACAAGGUUUCCAAGGUAUAUUUAUUGUGCAAAGACACUAUAUGGAGACCCAGCAGAAUUAAUAAUUGAAGAAUUGUUGCAACAUGGCCAGAUGACAUUGGAAAAGGUUGUUCAGAGAACAAUUGACAGAUUGACAGAAGCUAUGGAAGGUAAACAAAAUGUUUCCUCAACAUUGGUUAAAGAGAAGUUUGUGAACCUUGUUCAGACACAUUUUGUACAGAGGUGUACCUCACCUGAUGGCAAUGUGGAAAAUAAAGAAGUUGCUUCUAUGCCAGUCCUGUCUGUUUCACCAGAAGAGCUGUAUGUUGUGCCAAAGAUGGAGCUAGAUGGUUUUGAAUCUAGAAAAAGAAAGAGAUCUGGGGAAGGUUCUGAGGCAGCAUCAAAAAGAAUAAAAACAGAUGAGUCAGAGUCAUCUGAGUCUAGUAUCUUUUGGAGAGUCAAUGUCAGCCGUUUCCAUCAAUAUCUUCGAGAUCAGGCCAUAGUCCAGGCAGUGGCUAGCAAAAUAGAUAAAAAUGCAGCAGAGGUGGUCAGGGCAAUGCUAAGACUCAGUGAAGUAAAAACUGAUGAAGGUGCAUUGGUUGCCAGUGCUAUGACUGUGACUGAGGUAUUUCAGAAUCUCCCCAGAGAAUUUGGAAUUUCAAAGCAGACUAUUGAACAGUAUAUGAAGCUUCUCUCAGAGGACUCUAGUGAAUUUGUGAGCAAGGUUUCUGACAGUGGAGGUGGCAUGUAUGUUAUAAAUUUUAAAAAACUAAUAACAGUACUGUGCAGAGCACAUAUAGAAUCAGCUGUGCAAGAAAGGUUUGGGUCAAAAUGUUUCAGGAUAUUCCGCUUAUUGCUUAUGAAAAAGAAUUUGGAGCAGAAACAGAUAGAGGAGUAUGCAAUGAUUCCAUCCAAGGAAGCUAAGGAACUAUUAUACAGAAUGUUUGAAGAAAAGUUUGUCUCAUUAACUGAGGUGCCAAAGACCCCUGAUCAUGCUCCUUCAAGAACAUUCUAUUUGUUUUCUGUCAAUAUUAAUCAAGUUUCCAGGAUGCUCCUUGAAAGAUGUUACCAGGCAUGUGGAAAUCUCAUCAUUCGCAGAGAACAUGAAACAAAAGAAAACAGGCGGUUACUAGACAAACAACAGAGGGUAGAUGCUAUAACUGCAUCAAUGGAACAGAGCGGAGCAGAUCCUUCACAAAAAGAGGAGAUAGAACAGAUGAUUACACCACCAGAAAAGGCUCAACUUACAAAAAUAAAACACAUGACCAACAAGAUAGAACACAGCGAACUUCAGCUAGAUGACACCAUUUUUAUACUGCAAACCUAUCUCCAAUAUGCACACAUGAAGUGAGGACAAGGUAUAACACAGAUCAAGGGACGCUGAAGUGAUGCCAGUGAGAGAUGCCACAGUGGCAAAGAAAUUGCAGCAUUCCUAUUCUGAACAAAAUUUUAUUAAAAAAGUAACUGAUAACUGUAAACUUGAUAUGAUUUUCACACACUGUUUUGGUUUACAGUAUGAUUUCACCAUAUUGAAAAAUACCGCUGACUACUGACUGACUCUUCAAAAUAUAAUGUGAUGGUGUUUAUAACCAGCAUUUCUUCUGCUAUUGAUUUAAAAAAAAACAAAAAUGGCAUUAUCCUGACAUGUCCUGUGUCAGCAAUGGUAAAUGAUUCAGAACUUGCUGCACUAGCUUUUAUUUUUUAAAAUAAAAGAUUAAGCAAUACAUGUUUCCCUGGUUGUUCCUUGUAAUAAUCAGUAGUUUCAAAACUGAG